GUCACAGCUGGCCUGGAACUAAGAGAUACCACCAGCUUCCUAAACUGCUGGAAUCAAAGCUAUGUACCACCGCAACCAGCCUUUUCCAGGGAAUCUGGGUCUCCAGCCUUGGUCUUUGGACUUACAUAGCAUGAUCUCUUACCUGGUCAUGUGUCCAUCCUGAGGCACCUCUGUGGACUGGAGACGGAGCACUGUGACCGGACAGGCCUUUGGCAUUUGCUGAGGGAGGAGUGCAUGAUAACCCUAGCCGCUUCUGGAAAACCAGCUGAACAGACAGGGCCGAAUCAGAGGGCAGGAAGCCGUGGUGAGCAGGCUCGGGGAGUGGUGCUUGGAAAUGAGGGCAUCCAUGGGAGAUGCAUACCCGGUGGGCCUGCUGACCCGUCGAUGAGGCGGGCCCCCUGGCUGGGCCUGUGCCCCUGGCUGGGCAUGCGCCUGUCAGUGCGUAAGGUGCUGCUGGCCGCCGGCUGUGCACUGGCCCUGGUGCUCGCGGUGCAGCUUGGGCAGCAAGUGCUGGAGUGCCGGGCAGUGCUUGGGGGCAUGAGGAGCUCACGGAGGAUGCGGCCGGAGCAGGAGGAGCUGGUGAUGCUGGGUGCUGACCACAUGGAGUACCGCUAUGGCAAGUCCAUGCCCCUCAUCUUCGUGGGCGGCGUGCCACGUAGCGGCACCACCCUCAUGCGUGCCAUGCUGGAUGCUCACCCUGAGGUGCGCUGUGGGGAGGAGACACGCAUCAUCCCUCGAGUGCUGGCCAUGCGGCAGGCCUGGUCCAAGUCCGGGCGGGAGAAGCUUCGGCUGGAUGAGGCCGGUGUGACGGAUGAGGUGCUGGAUGCCGCUAUGCAGGCCUUCAUCCUGGAGGUGAUCGCCAAGCACGGCGAGCCAGCCCGAGUGCUGUGUAAUAAGGACCCCUUCACACUCAAGUCCUCUGUCUACCUGGCACGCCUCUUCCCCAACUCCAAAUUCCUGCUAAUGGUGCGCGACGGCCGGGCCUCUGUGCACUCCAUGAUCACUCGAAAGGUCACCAUUGCGGGCUUCGACCUCAGCAGCUACCGAGACUGCCUUACGAAGUGGAACAAGGCCAUCGAGGUGAUGUACGCACAGUGCAUGGAGGUGGGCAAGGACAAGUGCCUGCCUGUGUACUAUGAGCAGCUGGUGCUGCACCCCCAGCGCUCACUCAGACGCAUCCUGGACUUCCUGGGCAUCGCCUGGAGCGACACCGUCCUGCACCACGAGGACCUCAUUGGCAAGCCUGGGGGCGUCUCCUUGUCCAAGAUCGAGCGGUCCACAGACCAGGUCAUCAAACCCGUGAACCUGGAAGCCCUCUCCAAGUGGACUGGCCACAUCCCUGGAGACGUGGUGAGGGACAUGGCCCAGAUUGCCCCCAUGCUGGCCCGGCUUGGCUAUGACCCAUAUGCAAAUCCGCCCAACUACGGGAACCCUGACCCGAUUGUCAUCAAUAACACACACCGGGUGAGUGUGUGUGCACACGGGAGUGUGAGCAUAUGCUUUGGCAGCAUGGGUACUUCAGUCUCUGCUCCUGACCAGCACGUGUUCUGCCUGAUGCACACAAUGGUACAGAUUCGGCUUUGGCCACAAAAGGAAUCUCAGAGCCAACAGGCUUCCUCCUCUCCCUGUUGCUUCUCUUUGUGUCUCAGGUCUUUUUAGGGGUUUGUGGAGGGGGUUCUAGACAGGGUUUCUCUGUACCAGAGCCCUGACUGUCCUGGACUUCUCUGUAGACCAGGCUGGCUUAGAACUCACAGAGAUCCACCAGCCUCUGCCUCCCAGUGCAGGGAUCAUAGGCGUGCGCCACCGCACCUGGCCUGUGUCAGGUCUGGCUCACAUUUCUUUGCUGCCUCCCUGGCUCUUUUCCAUGUGCAGAGCCCUUCAAGGCUUGAGAGCAAACUUACAUAAAGGAAGAAGGGACCACGCUGUUGUCCAAUGAUUUCUCAGACCGGAGCUGUUGAAAUUCUGUGGUGAAGAUAGUUAAGGGAAGUGGGGUGACAAAGCAUUUUAUAACAACGGCUCACUAGCUCAGAGCCACGUCUGCUUGGCAUCAUCCAGCUUCUUGAGCGCCUUCUCUGGGCACCCACACAGGUGCCCUGAGGUUGCAGUUCUAGCGUGCCAUGAGAUGUUAAUGAGGCUGACGUGUUGCCGUCGACUAGUUAGCUGUUGGGAUGUCCGUACACAGUGCACCACCCACUGGCUCGCAGCCACU